CUCUCUCUAUGUUGUGUUCCAAGUUUAUUCAUUUCCAAGUUAUUCUCUGUAGUUUGGAAAAACCUCAUUUGAUAUCAGAAUUGUCCAAUCUUUUUUGUUUUUGAUGUUCUGGAAGUUUUUUGAAUUUAUGAUUGGUUUUUGGUGUUUUGGCCUCCAGAAGAUCAAUAUGAUUCCGUUAAGCAAAGAACAGAGUCUUCAUCUUGUCCUGCUGCUUUAGUGAUAAGGGAAGUCAACGCAUUUAAAUCUGAGUCCAUCAAAGUCAACCUUACUGUUUGCAUAGACCACAAGUAGAGAAAGAGCUUUGAGUUGGAAAUAACCAGGGGGUUGUUAAGCUUUAAAAAUAUGGCUUACAACAGACGGUCUGAUGAGCCAGUGCAGCGGCUUGCGCGGGCUCAGACUGCCAGGAACAUUGGGGAGCCAAUGCUGGACAGUGAAGUGGUGCCUUCCUCCCUCGUCGAUAUCGCUCCGAUCCUUCGUGUUGCCAACGAAGUUGAGCUGGAAAACCCGAGAGUCGCUUAUUUAUGUCGGUUCUAUGCCUUUGAGAAAGCUCACAGACUAGACCCCAAAUCUAGCGGACGCGGUGUUCGCCAAUUCAAAACCGCACUUCUUCAACGUCUAGAAAGGGAGGACAAGACAACAUUGGCGGGAAAGGUAAAAAGCGAUGCUCGCGAAAUGCAGAACUUUUAUCAAAACUACUACAAGAAAUAUAUCCGGGAUCUGCAUGCUGAUAAGGCCGAUCGCACUCGGUUGGCGAGAGCGUAUCAAACUGCGAAGGUUCUGUUCGAGGUUUUGAGAGCUGUCAACCAGACGGAAGCUGUCCCUGAUGAGAUUUUGGAAGCUCACACUAAGGUUGAAGAGAAAUCACAGAUGUACGUGCCUUACAACAUUCUUCCUCUUGAUCCUGAUAGUAAAAAUCAUGCUAUCAUGAGAUAUCCUGAGAUUCAAGCAGUCGUCUCGGCGCUUCGUAAUAUUCGAGGCUUGCCUUGGCCAAAGGGGCACAAAAGGAAAGAUGAUGAUGACAUUCUAGACUGGCUUAGGUACAUGUUCGGUUUUCAGGAUCAUAAUGUGGCAAACCAGAGGGAGCACUUGAUUCUUUUGCUUGCUAAUGUGCACAUGCGGCAAUUUCCGAAUCUCGAUCAGAAAACUAAGUUGGAUGACCGCGCACUGACGGAAGUAAUGAAGAGGCUUUUCAAGAACUACAAGAAGUGGUGCAAAUACUUGGGCCGCAAAAGCAGCCUUUGGCUGCCAAGCAUUCAACAGGAAGUUCAGCAGAAAAAAUUACUGUACAUGGGCUUAUAUCUUCUUAUAUGGGGAGAAGCUGCAAAUCUCAGAUUCAUGCCAGAAUGCCUUUGCUACAUAUAUCAUCAUAUGGCAUAUGAAUUGUAUGGCAUGUUGGCCACACAUGUAAGUUCGUUGACCGGUGAGAACGUAAAGCCGGCCUACGGCGGUGAAGAAGAGGCCUUCCUAAGGAAAGUUGUGACUCCAAUAUAUAAUAUAAUUGCAAAGGAAGCUCAAAGAAGCAAGGAAAAGUCAAAGCAUUCUCAAUGGAGAAACUAUGAUGAUUUGAAUGAAUACUUUUGGUCUAUUGAUUGUUUUCGACUAGGUUGGCCUAUGCGUUCGAAUGCUGCUUUCUUUAGCGAGCCUGCAUCAGACACUCAAAUUGAGAAAGACAGAGAAAGGAAACCACACACUGGCCAUAGAUGGAUUGGAAAAACAAAUUUUGUUGAGAUUCGCUCAUUUUCUCAUAUAUUUAGGAGCUUUGAUAGAAUGUGGAGCUUUUACAUUUUGUGUUUACAGGCAAUGAUCAUAAUUGCAUGGAAUGGAUCGGGGAAUUUAAGUACAACAUUCGAUGCUGAUAUUUUCAAUAAAGUCCUCAGUAUCUUUAUUACUGCCGCGGUGUUGAAGCUUACACAAGCCAUUCUUGAUGUAAUUCUUAGUUGGAAAGCGAGGAAGACUAUGUCAUUUCAUGUCCAGCUUAGAUACAUUUUAAAGGUCAUUACGGCUGCGGCGUGGGUCAUCAUUCUACCGGUGUCUUAUGCGUAUGGUUUGAAAAACCCUACGGGAUUUGCGCAGACAAUGAAGAAUUGGCUAGGCAGUGGUCCAGGCUCAUCUUCUGUGUUCAUCUUGGCUGUUGUCCUUUACCUGUCCCCAAACAUGCUCUGUGUGCUCUUGUUUCUUUUCCCAUGGUUUCGCCGAUUUCUCGAAAGGUCAAACCAUAUGAUCUUCAAAUUCUUGAUGUGGUGGGCCCAGCCUCGGCUCUAUGUUGGAAGGGGAAUGCACGAGAGCUUGUUUUCCCUUUUCAUGUACACGAUGUUUUGGGUUCUCUUGCUUACAUCAAAAUUAGCAUUUAGUUACUAUGUUGAGAUUAAGCCUCUUGUAGGUCCAACAAAAACCAUUAUGGAAUUUCACAUUAGAAGCUAUAAAUGGCAUGAGUUCUUCCCCAAUGCCAAGAAAAACAUUGGUGUUGUGAUUACACUUUGGUCUCCUAUUGUCCUCGUCUACUUUAUGGACACUCAAAUUUGGUAUGCUAUUUUCUCCACAAUAUUUGGAGGCAUAUAUGGCGCAUUUAGGCGCCUUGGUGAGAUUCGGACUCUGGUAAUGUUAAGGUCUCGAUUUCAAUCGAUCCCUGGUGCUUUUAAUGCUUGUUUGAUUCCGAAGGAUACAAAUGAGCCCGUCAAAAAGAGGAGUCUAAAGGAUGCUUUCACUCGCAAAUAUGAUGAGGUCCUAUCUAAGAAAGAGAAGGCAGCGAAGUUUGCUCAGUUGUGGAAUGAAAUAAUCACUAGUUUCAGAGACGAAGAUCUAAUAAAUAAUUGGGAGAAGAGCUUGUUGCUUGUCCCAUACAUGGCUGACCCUGACGUCGACCUAAUCCAAUGGCCACCUUUCUUACUUGCUAGCAAGAUCCCAAUAGCACUAGAUAUGGCGAAAUAUAGUGUCGGAAAAGACAGCGAGCUAGAAAAGAGAAUGAGUAACGACACUUAUAUGUGCUGUGCUGUUCACGAGUGUUACCUUUCAUUCAAAAGUAUUUUCAAGUCUCUAGUUCUAGGAGAACGUGAAAAAGUGGUCAUAAAGGAUAUUUUCUCCACAGUUGAUGGCUAUAUUGAAAAUCGCACUCUGAUAGAAGAAUUGAACUUGAGUGCUCUGCCUAACCUCUAUGAACAAUCUGUUAAGCUGAUAAAACAUUUGUUAGCAAACAAACAAGAAGACAAGGAUGAUGUUGCAAUUGUCUUGCUAAAUAUGCUAGAGAUUGUGACAAGGGACAUUAUGGAGGAUGAGUACCCUAGCUUGCUCGAGUCGACCCACGGUGGACCUUCUCAUACAGAUGAGGGGAUGACACCGCUUGAUCGGCAAUAUAGGUUUUUUGGCGCGCUUAAUUUUCCCGUGACCUCAGAAACCGAUGCUUGGAAAGAAAAGAUCCAAAGACUUCAUCUAUUGCUUACAGAGAAGGAGUCAGCUAUGGAUGUGCCUUCGAACUUGGAAGCAAGAAGGCGCAUAUCUUUCUUCUCCAAUUCAUUGUUUAUGGACAUGCCUCCUGCGCCCAAAGUUUGGAACAUGCUUUCCUUUUCAGUUCUAACACCAUACUACGUGGAGGAAGUUACAUUCUCUAUAGAUCUAUUGGAACAACCCAACGAAGAUGGAGUUUCUAUCCUUUUUUACUUGCAAAAGAUCUUUCCAGAUGAAUGGACAAACUUUCUCGAGCGUAUGAACUGUACAAGUGAAGAACAACUCAGGAGUAGAGUAGAACUAGAAGAACAACUCUGUCUUUGGGCAUCAUAUAGAGGUCAAACAUUGACAAAAACAGUACGUGGUAUGAUGUACUAUCGAAAAGCUUUGGAACUUCAGGCCUUCUUGGAUAUGGCCAAGGAUGAUGAACUCAUGAAAGGCUACAAGGCUGCGGAAUUGAACAGCGCAGAUCUAAACGAAAGUUCAUUAAUGGUAAAAUGUCAAGCAAUAGCUGAUAUGAAGUUCACAUAUGUUGUGUCAUGCCAGCAAUACGGACUUGACAAACGUUCAGGCAAACAAAGCGCGAAAGACAUUUUGAAGCUUAUGAGAACGUACCCGUCUCUUCGAGUAGCUUACAUUGAUGAGGUUGAAGAACCGAUUAAGGAAGAGAAGUCCAUAGAAGCAAGUAAAGAGAAAUCCAUAGAUAAAAGUAAAGAUAAGUUCAAACCAAAAGUUCAAAAGGUCUAUUACUCGAAGCUUGUGAGGGUGCCCGCAAAGCGAAGAGAUUCUACGGAGCCAGAUCAAAGUUUAGACCAGUUGAUUUACAAGAUAAAGUUGCCCGGGCCUGCACUUUUGGGAGAGGGAAAGCCUGAAAAUCAAAAUCACGCCAUAAUAUUCACACGCGGGGAAGGAUUGCAAACAAUAGAUAUGAACCAGGACAAUUAUUUAGAAGAAGCCUUCAAAAUGAGGAACUUGUUGCAAGAAUUACUUGUAAAACAUGAUGGUGUGAGAUAUCCAACUAUUCUGGGACUUAGGGAGCAUAUAUUCACUGGCAGUGUCUCUUCUCUUGCUUGGUUUAUGUCGAAUCAGGAGACUAGUUUUGUUACUAUUGGACAGAGAUUGUUGGCUAACCCUCUGAAGGUUCGGUUCCACUACGGUCAUCCUGAUGUCUUUGAUAGACUAUUUCACCUGACAAGAGGGGGUGUUAGUAAAGCUUCCAAAAUCAUCAAUUUAAGCGAGGACAUAUUUGCAGGUUUCAAUUCUACACUGCGCGAGGGUAAUGUUACCCAUCAUGAAUAUAUACAAGUUGGUAAAGGGAGGGAUGUUGGACUGAACCAGAUAUCAAUGUUUGAGGCGAAAAUAGCUAAUGGGAAUGGUGAGCAGACGAUGAGUCGCGACAUCUAUAGACUUGGUCAUCGAUUCGAUUUCUUCCGCAUGUUAUCAUGCUAUGUUACCACAGUUGGCUUCUACUUCAACACCUUGCUGAGCGUGCUCACAGUCUACGUGUAUCUCUACGGCCGUGUUUAUCUUGUCCUUAGCGGACUUGAUGAGGAACUGCGAACAAAGCGAGCCAUUAGAGAUAAUAAGUCUCUCCAAGUAGCACUUGCUUCUCAGUCGUUUGUGCAAAUUGGAUUUUUGAUGGCCUUGCCUAUGUUUAUGGAAAUUGGUUUGGAAAGGGGUUUCCGAAAUGCGCUAACCGAUUUCAUUCUAAUGCAACUACAACUGGCCUUGCUAUUUUUCACAUUUUCUCUUGGAACAAAGACUCACUACUAUGGAAGAACUUUGCUUCACGGAGGAGCCGAAUACAGAGGAACAGGCCGAGGAUUCGUGGUGUUCCAUGCCAAAUUUGCCGAAAACUAUAGACUAUAUUCGAGGAGCCAUUUCGUCAAGGGCAUUGAGCUAAUGACUCUGCUUCUUGUGUACCACAUCUUCAGUUAUUCUUAUAGAAGUGUAGGCGCAUACAUCUACAUCACAAUUUCAAUAUGGUUUAUGGUCGGAACAUGGCUUUUUGCUCCUUUCCUCUUCAAUCCAUCCGGUUUUGAGUGGCAAAAGAUUGUCGACGACUGGAAUGAUUGGAAUAAGUGGAUAAGCAAUCGCGGAGGGAUCGGAGUCUCUCCCGAAAAAAGUUGGGAAUCCUGGUGGGAAAAGGAAAUAGAGCAUCUUCGUUACUCGGGGAAGCGCGGUACUAUUGUCGAGAUACUAUUAGCACUGCGCUUUUUCAUCUAUCAGUUUGGCCUUGUAUAUCACCUGACCAUCACUGAAAAAACCAGAAGUUUUUGGGUUUAUGGUGUUUCCUUGCUUAUCAUCGUUGUAGUCCUAUUAUUGUCGAAGAUUGCAUCUGUUGGAAGGAGACGGUUUAGCGCAGAGUUUCAGCUGUUAUUCCGACUUCUUAAAGGAAUUGUUUUCCUAUCCAUCGUGGCUGUUUUCAUCACCUUAAUAGUCCUGCUCCAUAUGACUCUCCGCGACAUCAUUGCCAUCAUUCUCGGAUUCAUGCCGACUGGAUGGGGAUUGCUCUUGAUUGCACAAGCUUGCAAGCCUCUAAUCGUAAAAGCGGGAUUUUGGGGGUCAAUUCGAACACUUGCUCGUUGCUACGAGAUAGUCAUGGGCAUGCUGCUGUUCACUCCUGUUGCAUUCUUGGCUUGGUUCCCUUUCGUUUCGGAGUUUCAAACUCGAAUGUUGUUCAACCAAGCCUUCAGCAGAGGCCUGCAGAUUUCCCGUAUCCUCGGCGGACAUAGGAAGGAUCGAUCCUCGAACAGAAAAGAAUAGUUUGAUCAUCACCAAGGAUCAUUAGUGGAUCAUCCAUUUGAAGUGAUUGGUGAAAUGUACAUAGUUUUUUUAUUUUUAUUUUUUUGCUUUAGAUGAUUGCAAUCUGAAAACUAAAUAGGCUAUAUCUCAUUUCUCUUGUUCUGCUCUCUUUUACAGGUCAUAGUUAUAUUAUAUAGAUUAGAGAUGCAAUAUCGCAUUGUUCUCAAAGAAUUUUGGACAGAGAUAAUAUGUAUAUAAUAUUUGUAUAUAUACGUGUGUACACAUUUAAAGUGA